AUGGUGAAAAGUACACAAAUCAAGAUCCAAUCAGGCACAGAAAAAGCCAAAAGUACAACUCCAUUAUCAUCUUCUUCAUGCAAAAAGAAGUACAAGGGAGUUAGAAUGAGAAGUUGGGGAUCAUGGGUUUCUGAAAUUAGGGCUCCUAAUCAAAAGACAAGAAUUUGGUUAGGCUCUUAUUCUACCCCAGAAGCAGCUGCUAGAGCAUAUGAUGCUGCCCUAUUGUGCCUUAAAGGUUCCUCAGCCAACCUUAAUUUCCCUCUUUCUUCAUUACAAGAAAACCUUAAUCCUAAUACCUUAAUAUCCACAAAAUCCAUUCAAAAAAUUGCAGCAGCUGCAGCUGCAUCAGAUAAUUCUAACUUUCUUGAAAAACCCACAAAUUUAAACACUCCAUCACCACUUGAUUCGCUUCCCUCCACGUCAUCGUCACCAUUGUUAUCAUUUCCAAGUUGCAGUCACAUUGAAGAAGAAGAUCAUGUUUCUUUGGGAUCUUCUUUUGAUGCUCAGUGGUACAACUUUGAUUCACCAAAGUACAAUGAUAUGCUCAAUGGGGAGUUUUUUGAUCCAUUGAUGAUUCAAGAUUCAAAUGAAGAUAGUUAUGAUAUUCGCUUAUGGAGCUUCUACUGA